CAACCGACAAGAUGGCGCCGCUGUCGUACUCCAAGACCGCCAAGGUCCCGCGCCGUCCCUUCGAGGCCGCUCGUCUGGACUCCGAGCUGAAGCUCGUUGGCGAGUAUGGUCUCCGGAACAAGCGCGAAGUCUGGCGCGUGCUCCUCACUCUGUCCAAGAUUCGUCGUGCCGCUCGUGAGCUGCUCACCCUCGACGAGAAGGACCCCAAGCGUCUCUUCGAAGGCAAUGCCCUCAUUCGCCGCCUUGUUCGCGUCGGUGUGCUCGACGAGUCCCGCAUGAAGCUGGAUUACGUCCUGGCCCUCAAGGCUGAGGAUUUCUUGGAGCGCCGCCUCCAGACUCUCGUCUACAAGCUCGGUCUCGCCAAGUCGAUCCACCACGCUCGCGUCCUGAUCCGCCAGCGCCACAUCCGCGUCGGCAAGCAGAUCGUCAACGUCCCUUCGUUCAUCGUCCGCCUGGAUUCUCAGAAGCACAUCGACUUCGCCCUGACGUCGCCGUUCGGUGGCGGCCGCCCAGGCCGUGUCAGGAGAAAGAAGGCUAAGGCCGCCAAGAAGGGCGAAGAGGGAGAGGAGGAGGACGAGGAGGAAAUGGUUGGGACCGCGCGGUACGGGCAACGAAAAUCGGCCUGGGCAGGGACUUUUGACGUCUGCAUCAUGCUCUUUCGGCGUUUAUAG